AUGUGGUCCCCAUGUAGCAGCUUCUCGGCCUCCAAAGUCCCUGACACUGUGGAGUACCAGCAGGUCUUCUUGUACGGCGAUGAGAAUGGGGUGCUGAAGAGCUGUCUCCAAGAGGGCUACCGAGCCGGUACGCUCAAGUCGGACAUUCAGCGCAAGAACUUCCCCUCGCACUUUGUGUGCAUGACCAUUGAAAAGAUGAACGCUGGCAGCGUUCAGAACUGGCUCGACAAGGAGGCGCUGACUCCCCAUGGGAUGAUGGUGGUACUUCAAGAGGUGGCGGCGGCAUUGGCCUAUAUGCACGGCUGCGGUAUCACGCACAACGAUAUGAAGCCUGAGAACAUCUUUCUGCACAGCGACGGUCGCUACGUCACCUCCAAGUUGGGCGACCUGGGCCUCGCCCAGAAAUCUGCAGACACCACCAGCGACGUCACACGUUAUGGCAUGUCCGGCUUCGCGAUGGCCACCGGUGAGCACUACGGCACCCGCCACUACAGCAAGGACAAGAUCAGCACCUUCGUCUCCGAAGUGGCGGCCUGCGUGCAUGGCUGUGGCAUUGCGGGGCGCUUGGGCGCCGCUUUGGAAGAAGAUCUUCCAGUCUUGCUGGAGAAGGUUCUGUCCGAGAAGGUCACCAUGAAGGAAGUCCGGGACUGGAAGACCCUACAGGGCUUCGAGUUUCUGGACGAGGGCGGCCUCAAGACCGCCCCUUCCGCCAGCCGGGCCCAGUGUCGUGGGCUGGUGGGGUCAUGGAGUGUGGUGGUGGUGGACCUGGUGGUGGUGGACGUGUUUCUUGUGGGUUUGGCGGUGGUUCUGGCGUUGGUGGCCGCCGUGCAGACCACUCCCCAGAAGUCCUACUGA